CGACGACCAUCCGAUACGCCUCCGGCGCCGAUGGAGUUCGAUCCUACCACCCAUCCUCACCGCCGCUACAACCCGCUGACGGGCGAGCACAUUCUUGUCUCUCCGCACCGAACAAAGCGUCCCUGGCUCGGCCAGGUAGAACCGCCGUCAUCGCCCAAUUUACCUCAAUACGACCCACAAUGCUACCUCUGCCCGGGUAACUCCCGCUCGGGCGGGCAGAAGAACCCGGUGUACGAGAGCACCUAUGUCUUUGAGAAUGACUUUGCGGCCAUACUCCCCCCACCCGCGCCUGCCGCACCCCCAGCCCCGCAUCCACUCUUGACGACCGAGCCGGUGCAGGGCGGCUGCGACGUCCUGAUUUUCCACCCGCGGCACGAUCUAACACUGGCGCGAUUGCAGCUGCCAGAGAUCGAGCGCGUCAUCGAAGAGUGGAUAAGGGUGUACAGGAAGCGCGGAGCGGAGGAACACGUCAAAUACGUCCAAAUCUUCGAGAACAAAGGCGCGAUGAUGGGCUGCUCGAACCCGCACCCGCACGGCCAAGUCUGGUCCCUCUCCGCGAUCCCGACGCUCCCCGCGACCGAGCUCGCGCACAUGCGCGCGUACGCGCAAACGACGCCCGCGACGUCGGGCGCGCCCCGCGGGCCGCGGGGCCGCCCGUGCCUGCUCAGCGAGUACGCGCACUACGAGCUCGGCGUGCCCGAGGCCGAGGGGCGCGUCGUGCUCCGGAACGAGCACUGGGUCGCGCUCGUGCCCUGGUGGGCGACGUGGCCGUUCGAGACUAUGCUCCUCCCGCACCACCGCCACGUCCCGAGCCUCGCGCACCUCACGCCGGCGGAGAAGGCGUCCUUCGCGGACGCGCUCGCGCGCCUGACGAAGCGGUACGACAACCUCUUCGCGUGCUCCUUCGCGUACUCGAUGGGCAUCCACCAGCGGCCCACGCCGCCCGCCGCGCCGCAGAGCGAGGCGGAGGCGCAGGACGACGAGGAGAACGUCGCGCAGCUGCAUCUGCAUUUCGACCCGCCCCUACUAAGGAGCGCGACGGUGAAGAAGUUCUUGGUCGGGUUCGAGCUUAUGGCGGAGGCGCAGCGCGAUCUCACGCCCGAGCAGGCGGCGGCGAGGCUAAGAGCGUGCUCCGAGGUGCAUUAUUUAGAUGCGUUGGGCAAAGAGGAAGGUCCAUGGGAGAUGUAGGCAUCUCAACCGAGAGGGGAUUGAAUUACAAGUCACUGAAUAUACAAAGUGUAGAGAUAUGUAGACCAAACGCGAGAUUUAUGCUGAUGCAAACAGUUGUGUGGAUGACGCGGUGGGAUCGAGGCGGGAAGAGGCAUCGACUCCGCUGGCUCUGUCACUCAGCGGCGGGAAAACAACGUUACUUGGCCUUCUCCUUCUCCUGCGCUUUCGCGUUCCUGACAACCUCGCGCGCCCUCACAUAAUUCCCCCAGAGCACCCUCCACUCCGCCUCCAACAUCGCCUCCGCCGGCUCCGCGACAUUCCCCACCCGAUCCGCGUGCACGCCCGCCCACCCCAGCGCGCGCUCGUAGCACUCCAGCGCCCUCUCCACAUCCCUAGCACUCUCCUCC